AUGUCUGGGCUUCAGCUGGUCAGAGAUAAACAACUGGGGCGUGAGGAUGCGCAGCAGCAGCAGCAACAGGGAGCGCAGGCGGCGCCGCCUCCCGAGGGCGCGGGCCCCCCGCCGCCGCCGCUGCCGCCGCCGCCCCCGCCGCCCCCGGCCAGCCCCGGCGCCGGCGCCGACCCCGGCGCGGACGAGGAGCGCGACCCGGUGUGGCGCGCGGCGCGCUUCCUGCGCGCCUACUACCGCGAGCUGGCGGCGCGGGAGCCGUCGCGGGCGCCGCCGCCCCCGUGGGCGCCGCAGCUGCCGGCGGGCGCGCUGCACGCCGCCGCCUUCGAGCCCGCGCUGCAGCUGGCGCCGCUGCGGCCCGGAGAGCCAGAGCCGCGAGACCGCAUCCGCGCCGACCAGCUGCUCGCGCCGCUCAGGACGAGCGACGGCUCGGUGCUGGAGGCGCCGCGGCGGGUGCUGGUGGAGGGCGCGCCGGGCUCGGGCAAGACGGCGCUGGCGCUGCGGCUGCUGCACGGCUGGGCGGCGGGCGGCGGCGGCGGCGGCGGCGGCGAGGCGUGGCCGUGGGCGGCGGGCGUGCGCCUCGCGCUGCUCGUGCCGCUGCGGGCGCUGCGCGGCGCCGCCCCCGCGGGGGCGGGAGGGCCCGCCGGCGGCGGUCCCGGCUGCUCGCUGGCCCACUUCCUCACCAGGGAGCUGCUGCCCAAGGCGGUGGCGGCGCCCUCGCUGUGGAAGAGCCUGCCCCAGCUGGAGGAGCGGCUCCUGGUCGUGGUGGACGGCGGCGAGGGCGACGCCGAGGGCGACGGCGACGCGGCCGACCUGCUGUCGGGGCGGCUGCUGCCCGACUGCCGGCUGCUGGUGACGGCGCGCCCCGGCCGCGCCGGCCCCCACCUGCUGCAGCGCCUGCAGCGCCGCGUCGCGCUGCGCGGCCUCGACUGGCCGCAAGUCGAGCGCCUCGUCGUCGCCUACUUCGGCGCCAGCAAGAAGCCAGAGUGCGCCAGCAGGUUCCUCGAGGUCGUCGGUGGCAGUCACCAGGUGCUGCGCCCCCUGGCGUCGUGGCCGCUGGGCUGGCUGCUGCUGUGCGUGCUGUUUGAGGAGGAGGGAGGCCGGCUCCCGGCCGACUCCCUCGAGGUGCACCACGCCCUCUUCAAGUGCAUCGUGCGCCGCAGCCUGCACAGCAGAGGCGUCGAGCUGCCACCUGGCUCCGACCUGCCGGGCCACUGCAAGAAGCUGCUUGCAGAGUUCGGCAAGCUAGCACUUUCUUGCAUCAAGGAGGACCGCUACACUUACACCGAUGCUGAGAUACGUGCGCACUGCCACGGGCUCGAGGUGCUGGAGAUGGGGUUCCUGCGGCGCGGCAUGACGCUGGGCCAGCGCCCCGACCACUACACGCCGCUGGCGCGCAGCCUGGCCGACUUCCUGGCCGCCUACUACCUGUCGUCCGUCGUGCACUACGCCAACAUCCUGCGGCGCGAGCUGGACGAGCUGCCCGGCCUGGCCGCCUCCGCUCCCGCCGCCCCCGCCACCCCCGCGGCUGCCACCGACUCGCCCACCGUGGUCGUCGUGCGCUUCCUCGUCGGGCUGCUGGGCCGCAAGGCGCACCUCGUCUUCAACCAACUCUGCCCGCUCGACUUCCCCACCAGGACACUCUUCAGUCUGCUCCAGGCGGCGGGCCCCAGCGAGGCGAACGUGGCGGCGGUGUGCCGGCUGGUGGGCGCCGCCGGGGCGCGCGCCUGCCCCCCGGGCCCCGGGCCCGGCCCGCCCCCGCCGCCCCCGCUGGUGCGCACCGCGUCGCUCGAGCUGCAGGGCUGGGCGCACGUGCUGCGCAGCGACGCCUGCGCGCUGCCCGCGCUCGAGCUGUCGCUGCAGCUGCAGCUGGACGCCGGCGCCGGCGCCGACGCCGACCUGGACGCCUUCUUCGCGGCGCUCGCCGCCAACGAGUCGGUGCGCGCGGUGCGCGUGUCGUCGCUGCUGGGCCACGAGCCGGGCGCCGCCGGCGGGGGCGCCGCAGCCGCCGCGGAGCUGGCGCGCCUCGCCGGACACGUGCGCGCCACGCUGGCCAAGCCGCGGCUCGCCGCCUUCGAGCUGGCCAUCACCUGCCUGGAGGACAGCGCGCACGACAGGUUCCAGCCGCUGGUGGACGCGCUGUGCACGGGCCUGGAGGUGGACGCAAGCCCCUCGCUGUCGAAGCUGGUGCUGGACCUGAACAUGGGCACGCGCCAGGUGGCGCAGCUGUGCGCGGCACUGCGGCGUGCGCCGCAGGUGUCGGUGCUGCAGCUGCCGCACCUGGUGUGCGGCCGCGAGGGCCUGCGGGCCGUGGCGGCGCUGGUGCGCGCGCGCCCCCUGCUGGCGCUCAGCCUCGCCGGGUCGUGGGGCGCCGCGCAGCGCCGCUGCGACGACCCGCCCUCCUCCUCCGGCGUCAGCCUGGGUGAGUGCGGGGGCGGGGGCGGGGGCACCAGCGCGAACUGCAGCGGUCGUCGCUUCCCGUUACUUCAGUCUUUCCUACAACCAAAGUACACAGCCGGCGGCUGCUACUACUUCUCGUCGCUGCCGCGCGGCGCCAUGGCGGCCUACUCGUCGAGCCUGGGCCGGCACGCGGCCACGCUGCCGCGCCAGCCGCUCGCGCUGUCGCUGUCCGGCUCGGCGGCCGGCUGGCCGGACGAGUGCAAGCGCAACUCGGACUCGGUGCUGUGCGGCCGGCUGCUGCAGCCGGCGCCCGCCUGCGACGCCGCGCACCACGCCGCCGCCUCCGGCUUCCACCACGUGUUCGAGGCGGCGCGCGACCCCGGCUGCCAGCUGCGCAGCCUCAACGUCAGCAAGUGUCUGCUCGGCACCGAGGACGCCCUCUGCCUCGGCGAGACCGUGCGGCGGUCGCGCAGCCUGGCCGCGCUGCGGCUGGAGGGGGCGGCGCGGCUGGGGGAGGUGCUGCCGGCGCUGCUGGGGCUGGCGGACAGCGCCUCGCUGCAGCUGCUCGACCUGGGCUCGCAGCGGCUCUGCCUCGACGACGGCGCCGCGCAGCUCGUGUGCCAGGCGCUCGCCCGCAACUCGACGCUGCGCCUGCUCAGCCUCGACGGCUGGACCUUCCGCACCGAGGAGGAGGGCUCGCUGGCGGCGCUGGUGUCUCUGCUGUGCGCGACGGGCGUGCGCGACCUGGCACUGCGCGGCUGCCGCCUGCAGCUGGCGGUGCACGAGGGACCGUUGGCGGCGGGGGCCGGCCCCGGAGGGCGCGGCCGCCGCGCCGGCGCCGCCACCGCCGCCCACCUGCUCGCCGCGCUGCCGCCCUUCACCUGCGCCGCCGUCCUCUUCCUGCGGCUCGCCGCCUUCCAGGUGACGGUGAACGACCGUCCGGCCCUCCGCGGCCCUCUGCUCCUGCCGUUCCUGCGAGGCUUCACGCACCUCAGCGACCUGGACCUGAGCCUGGAGAAGAGCAGCGUCUCCGGGACGGGCGUGCCGCUGACUGUCGACGACAAGGCACUGGUGGCCUUCUUCCAGACGCUGUCGGCCAGCUUCCGGACGCUGCAGAGCCUGCGAAUGAGCCACUGGCGGCUGAGCCUGGAGGACGCGGAGCGAACGCUGCGCUGCGUGGGGCGCGCGCUCAAGGCGUGCUCGCUGAGCCACCUGCAGGUGGACGGGCUGCGCGCAGCCGACGUGGCGUGCCGCGCGCCCGCCGAGCACCUGUUCCUGCAGGCGGUGGUGGCCAACCUCAGCUACCUGAGCUGGCUGAGCGCCGCGGGGGUGCCGCUGAGCCAGGCGCAGGCGGCGGCGCUGGGCCGUUGCGUGCGCGACCGCUUCCCCGGCACGGCGCUGCAGCUGAGCGUCAGGGACAUGGAGGCGGCGGCGGCGAAGGCGCUGGUGGCGGCGCUGCGCGACGGCGGCCGCCUCGAGGUGUCCUUCCUGGCCGGCGCCGGCCCCGGCUGCGAGCUGCGCGUCCAGCGGGUGGCCAAGAACCCCAGGCUCCGCGUCAAGCUGCGCCGCUUCACCAGCCUCAAGGAGUGAGCCUCACCCCACAUCGACUGGCGCCUCUGGAUUUCCCGACCAAAUCCUGCCACAACAGCUACACGGUUAAAUCUUUUGGAUGUCUGUGCACUUUAAUAUUAUUGAUAGCAAAACCGUAAAUAUUAUUGUGUUUUUCAGAAGCUAGUUUUCAACUUCAGACUCUGUGACAUUCUCGUGAGUCCAAAUGUUACGAAUUAACUGAAUGGAGCGGUCUAACAAAAGUUUUAAAUGCAUGUUUAAAGGACUUUUCUUCUUCAGAAUACAACAAAAAAUUCUACAGCGGAUUACACCAGUACAAUUCAAACUUUCCAAACUAAAGCGUUGUAAGAAAAAUUUGACUCGCAUUUUAUUUCCCCUACAUUGCACCAUACAUUGGAAAAGAACCGCUGACUAUCUCAAGUAAUCGUGUACUGAAAACUGUUAACAUUACGGUAUUAAUACUAUUUUGGUAAUAUUUCUCAGUCAAUGUCAGAGUAGUAUUUGUGGUAAAGUAUCACUGCAGUUCUGGAAUGAGAAAUUGUGAUGUUAACUAGUUGAGUCAAGUUGCUCGUCCUGCUAGAAUCCGUUCAUUGAGGAAAUGGUGAGGUACAGCCAUAAUUUUAUUGAAGGAACACUAUGUCUGUAUUACGUAUUUGCUUCAGGGAUUGAAAUAAAUCUUUGUGUCCAUGCGAAAUGUGAAAUUUUAACGUAUACAUCAUGUCCGUGAAUUAAAUAGUGUUGUAGUAUUGCAUACUGUCAGUUGUGGACAGUGUCAGAUGUUUCCUUUCCUCGUGACAUUUUGACAUUUUCAUAAUCCUACAAUGCGAUAUUAUCUCGGCUGAGAACAGAAACAAGCAUAUUUUGCUCAUAUUUCAGCUUCUUCUGCCAUUGAUAGUCUGUAACUUUGGAUUUCAGUCUGGUGAACAAAUAUGUUCACUUUUAUUGUAAUCCAGUUUUUUCCACAAUCCAAUUUUUCAAUCAGAAAAGUUGGUCUGUGCAUGAAUAGCCAUUGUUACACUAGCACCAAACGUUAUCCUUUGCUUAACUACAGUUGGUAACCUUUUAAAAAACUUUUUUUGUAACUCACACUGGUAGUACACGAAGAUUGUACUGAGAUUUUCCACAGGAAAUGUCACUCAGUCAGUAUUUCUACAAUUCUUGAGAGAAUAUCAUAUUAAUACAUCUUAUAACGUGAAUUGUUUGAAGUAUUGAAAGUCAAAAUAACCAUAGAAAGACCUCUUCAUAUUUACCAAGCAAGUGUUAUUUCACUACCAGAAGUACAUUAUGAAUGCUUUCCUUGUAACUUCGACGAUUCAAAGAUACAUGCCGCACCAUUUAGUUUACUAUUGAUGAAAUAAGGGCUAAUAAAAGUAUCCCAUAUCAGAUAUCAAUCCUCCAUCGACACUGAUGUUCCAUAUCUCGGCCACCGCGAGUUUACAGUGGACCAACAGUGAAUGUUCUUUGUGUCUGCCUGUGCGUUUUAGAAGAAAUAUUCAUUGAUAAAAAGAACAUCACAGAAGUUAUAGUUAGCGAAUAUUUGGGCUGAGCGCACUGACAGAUCUGUACAUGAUGCAGGUAAUGAUUCUCGUCCAAUUCCUGGUGUAAAUGUACAUGAAAACAGAAGAACAUGUUGCACACGUGCCAUGUACGCUCGCUUUAGGAAUGCGAUAUCAUGUGCCGUGUGUCUACGUGUGGAUUCAUGGCGACAGAAAGGUGAAGCGCAGCUUCACUGGCUUCGACUGUGCGAUUUCUAUGAUGACUGCGUUGCCUCCCGUUGAACCUUCACACUUCCUGAAGCAGCAAUAGUUGGGUUCCAUCAGGAAGGUAUCUUUUUUAUCAGGAUAUCGUUCUGAGUAGAGUUCCUUUGUCAGAGUAGUAUCACGCCUACCUUCAAGCAAAAGUGAAGGAAAGUAAUGGUGACACAGUUUUAAAUCAAUAAUGUGCACAACAUAUUGUUUAAGUGUACUACAAGCAUCCAUAUAGUAAACAAGAAAACAUUGUUGUAAUAACUGUUCUGCCAAUGCAGUUCUGUUUCAUAGGUAAGUACCAUCUUUUCUCCGUUGUUUCCACACAAAUCUUCAACAGAAGAUGUCUGAGGGAAUGACUGGCGUCCAUUUUCCUUGUGUUUCCAUUUUUUUUUACUGUCAACUCCACCUGGCGGCGGGUUACAUCAGCCUGGGUGGCUACACUGUGUACCACUACUGCAGAGUCAAAGUCAGUUUAGUACAGCAACCUCAGUCAGUUUUGUGUUUUGUAUUUAACUCCCUCAUGUUUACAUGAACGGUACAUUAUAAGACGUUUUUGAACAGGUUUUAUGCAGAGAAAGUGGAUUACCAAAUAAGGGAUACCAGAUGUUAUUUAAAAUAAAUAUAAUAUCUUGAUAACGAAUAAAGCUACACAAAAGGCAAUGAUGUUGGUUGAUGUCGUCCUGAUAGAUAAACAAUUGAAUGACACAAUUUUUUUGUUUUAUUUGUGGACAAAAAGUUGUUUGUGAUGGUCAAUAUAAAUUGGACACGCAAUAUAACAACAUUCUUGUACUGAACGUGCAGAUGUUGUUCUAUACCAUUGCACUGAUAAGGCAAAAAUAUACGUGCAAGUUCUUUUCAAAUCAGCCGGUCUUUUAUUAAAACUAUCAUAGAAAAAUCGCUAUGUUAUGGUUCUACUAAGGUAAAAUUUAACGAUAUAGCAUCACAAAUGUGAAGGUUUAUUGUGUACUCUAUUCAAUAGUUAUGGCGCUGAAGAUUACCUCAGUUGUUUACUAACUCACUUGUCUUCUUACAUGCAACUCAUUCAAAAUUCACUGUUAAUCUUUGAGAGACUAUCAUUUUUUACAUGUUCUGCAGCUAUAAUUUUUGGCUGUAAUUGGAAGAAUAUCUGGACAAACUCGAGUAUUUGACUGUCGUAACAGCUCUGUCAUACAGGCAAAGUGAUAAAGUUAUAUAAAAACGAUAUUAAAAGUAUAACAUAAGCUGCUGAUACAACACAUCUUUUUAUUGUGGUAAAGGCAUUUCUUCCCAGAAAACUAAGACAAAAGAACAUUCCUCAUUACUCUACAUGUUCCGAUUUCUUUGGUAUUACAGACAGAGUACUUCAAAUGCUGCUUUGCUCCUUUGUGAUACGUUAAGAGAAAGGUUAAGCUGGUUUAUCAAAAUUUGUGCUCCCUGACCAUAAAAACACGUUUUCACAAGUAGAAUUACCAUCACACCAUUAUUUAAAAAAAUGUGUUCUGCUUCGAUCCUUGGACUUACUGAUUGCUUUCACUUUGUACUAAUUUAACUACUAGAAAUUUAGACAUCUGAGAGACAAACUGUUAUUGUGAUCAUCGUUGUGUGACUCCUAAUAGACAAACUGAGAUGGUACUUCUGGAAAGGAGACAAUGCGCAUUGUAGGAUUAAUAUGUUGUGAAUGUAUAAAUAAAUGUAAUUUAUAUCAGGUUUUGGAAAAGCACAAAUAUAAAUUUUAUAAAUGUGUGAAUUAGCAAGAAUUACAAAGUUUUAUUGUUCUACAUGGUGCUAUGUGUGAAAAAUGUGUGUUUAAAAAUGUUCUAUUCAGUAGAAACUGUUUCAUAAGAGGAUGUUAUUUUAAAUAAAUUAGUCUUCAGCAUUUUGCACUGCAGAACCUUGCAGUCAUGCUAUGUCUAAUGGAAAUUCCAGACAUGUAUUUUGAAAAGGAUACUCAAGUGUCGAAUAUCACAUAAUAGUAGUUUACGCUGCAGAAUGAUAGAUGUUUCCAUAACAGAUUUCUAAGAAAAGUGUGUUUACAACAUCCUGAAAUAUUUGAUACAUUUACUCUGGUAUUGUUAUUGCACACUUAAUUAAAUAUCUAUCUGCUGUAUUAUUCUCACGUUGUCAUACAUGGGAUUCAUUAAGUUUUAUAUAUGUACUGAGCAACAUAAAAGAAAGACAAAAAUAAAACAAAAAAAUAUGGGAAUGAAUGAUGUUGACAGAUUACAUAUAUGUUUUGUAUUAUUGUUAUUGGAAGAAAGUUGCAGUAAGUGAGUGCCCUACAACGGCUUUACAUGCUAAGUUUGCCAUUGAUAUCUCUGAUGUAAAAAAAUAUUUAUAUAAUUUCUAACAAUUGUACUACUUAUCUGCGUUUAAGUGGGAAGAUAGGUUUUAUUUAGAAAUAUUUAAUACAAAUUUGUUAAUGUGACACAAAUAUUUAUUUCAAAAUAAAUAAUUUUCAUCAGACAA